GAUGAACCCCGUACCAAUCGUGGAUGAGGACAUAGACACCAUUAUCCUGGUCUUCAUUACAUUCCCAAUAGAACUAUCUGAGGCAGAUCUUAUCAGGGGUGACAAAUACCAACAGAACCUCUACGUAACAAAGAGUGUAGAUGAUGGACGGACAUGGUCAGAACCUUUGGAUAUUACAAGUCAAACCCUUGGUAGAAUGGAUCCAGAACCACUCAUAUAUGCAUCAGGUCCAGGACAUGGUUUACAGCUGAAAUCCGGAAGACUCAUUGUUCCUGGUAACAUUCAUUGGAAAGAGAAACCGCAGCCAGGCGCCACAGGUUGGUUAUCGGAGUUGAAGUGGUCAAUAUUGGAGUUCUUUGAUAGUUUUCAUGGUAGUAGGAAUUGUUCUAUUGUCCUCUUCAGUGAUGACGGUGGUGAUACCUGGCAGGUUGGAGGGAAGAUACCACCAGCCAAAGAUGAAUAUGGGGUCGAUAUACCAGCUAAUGAAUGCCAGGCCGCCGAGUUAGAGGAAGGUCAUGUUUAUAUCAACAGCAGAACUUGUGAUCCUCAGGCAACGCGUCAAGAGUCCUAUAGCAUCGAUGGAGGGAUCUCAUUCACCAUGGGUGAACUCUCAGAUGACCUAGACGAACCUGGAUAUUUCCUUUCAAGAUGGAUACCUUCCAUCAAGAACUUUGGAGGGUGUCAGGCAAGUGUGAUGAGCUUUGAACCCCCGGAUCACAUUCCCAAACUGGAAAGAGAUGCCGAGCGUUGGAUCAUCUUCUCCAACCCCGCCAGUCGCAACACACGUGUCAACAUGUCAGUGCGGUUUAGUCGCGAUGCUUGCCAGACGUGGAGCCCACCACUCUCGUUGAAUCCCGGUCCAAGCGCGUACUCCGAUCUCACCUGUUACCGGGUGAAGGAGAGAGCGACAGGGAGGAAUACCGUCAAGUUUGCUUGUCUCUAUGAGUGUGGUAGUCUUCAUCCCUACGAGAGAAUCGCCUUUCAGACCUUCUCAUUGGCGGAACUCACCGCUAACGCUCUGCAUCCAUAGCAACAGGGACACGCCCAGUCACCUACCCACCUAGCAACAAGCUCAGCUUGGUUUCUUAAACAUUGAAUGACUCGUUACCCAGAAAAAUGACUUUUCAGAAUUGUUGCCUACAGAUCUACAGCAGAUUAGUCACAGGAAUCAAAUAGGAUGUUUUCAUAUUAGUUAGAUUGUGGUCUCCCUCUUUGUUACAUCUGGAUCUUGGUAAAAGAUUCUGAAAUGUUUGGAUUAUCAGUGACCAGUAGCUAAAGCAUACGCAUUGAACUUAUUAGAAAUAGCCUCAUACAUGUAUUUGGACAUUUCCUGACUAAUUUGCUCAUGACCAAUCAGAGAGUAAUAUUUUCAGAGCUUUUUGCCAGGACCCCUGCUUUUACAUGGAAUCCUCCUCUGCUAGAAGGGUAUUCAAGGCUUACUAAAACCGGUAGCUUAUAAGAUCUGUCGGUGAAAUUACUGACACAAAUAUUCUUGAAAUGGUUCCUUGUAUGUUAGUCCCAAAUUAAGCAAAUUCUUGCAUUUCGGACAUUAAAUGCAUUUUCAAAAUAGUACUUUUAGGUGUAUUUUUUCUUAUAGCUAGUCAUAAUUCCAUGUCUCAUGGUCCAGAGGGUUGAAAAUUUCCAGGGGCUUGGGGUGAGUUCGCACCUGAAAUGCCCUACAGAACCCUAAAAGAAGAAUUUGAGAGCCCCUUUCACAUAGGGUCCAAUGUAAACUUUUAUACUAUGUAGCCAAAUUGGGCUGGUGACUUCAAAAGGUAGCCCCGGAAAAGAUCAAAAUUAUAAUUUUAUUACCUGGGAUGCUCAGUCAGUGUUGAUAAGAUAAAUUUGAAAGAAAUUAUUAUUAUAAAUGUUUUUGUAGGUGCUGGAUGAAUAAAUAACAGUGCAUAAAAGUCAACAAAACACUACAGGAAAUAAAAUAUUGUUGAUGAUUGUGUCAAAGACCUUCAUCGUUUAAAAGGUCUUUGGCAAGCACGUUAACAAUAUUUUGUUUCUUGUGUUGUUUAAAACCUAUUUUUGUCUCGCCUGCAUAGCAGAGCGAGACUAUAGGCGCCGCUUUUCCGGCGGCGGCGGCGUCAACAUCAAAUCUUAACCUAAGGUUAAGUUUUUGAAAUGACAUCAUAACUUAGAAAGUAUAUGGACCUAGUUCAUGAAACUUAGACAUAAGGUUAGUCAAGUAUUAGUGAACAUCCUGCCUGAGUUUCAGGUCACAUGACCAAGGUCAAAGGUCAUUUAGGGUCAAUGAACUUAGACCAUGUUGGGGGUAUUUGUUGAACUACUAUCAUAACUUUGAAAAUUUAUGGAUCUAGUCCAUGAAACUUGGACAUAAGGUUAAUCAAGUAUUAGUGAACAUCCUGCCUGAGUUUCAGGUCACAUGACCAAGGUCAAAGGUCAUUUAGGGUCAAUGAACUUUGGCCAAGUUGGGGGUAUUUGUUGAAUUACCAUCAUAACUUUGAAAAUUUAUGGAUCUAGUUCAUAAAACUUGGACAUAAGAGUAAUCAAGUAUCACUGAACAUCCUGUACGAGUUUCAGGUCACAUGACCAUGGUCAAAGGUCAUUAAAGGUCAAUGAACUUUGGCCGUGUUGGGGGUAUUUGUUGAAUUACCAUCCUAACUCUGAAGUUUAUGGAUCUAGUUCAUAAAACUUGGGAUAUAAGAGUAAUCAAGCAUCACUAAACAUCCCCUGUGAGUUUCAGGUCACAAAACCAAUCAAAGGUCAGUUAAGGUCAAUAAACUUAGGCCAAGUUGGGGUAAUUGUUGAAGUGCCAUCAUAACUUUGAAAGUUAAUGGAUAGAGUGAAUGAAAUGUAGACAUGGGUGUAGUUGACAAGUCUUAAGUCUCUGUUCAAAUGUCAUUUAUGGUCAAUGAACGUGGUAUUAUGUCAUUAUAUGAAUGAUGUUUUUGUGAACGAUUAUUUUAUAGUAGUUUUCAAAGUUAGCACUGCUGCUAUAUUAAAUUGCGUAAUGCAGGCGAGACUGCUAGAGGCGUUCCACUUGUUAGUUAAAGCAAAUCCCCAAAAGUGCAUAAGUUCAUAACACAAUCUCAAUUCAUUAACAUUAUAUGAGCGCAUUUGCCCUAAAUGGUUUUGGUGUGACGGAUAUGAAAUCAAAAUGUGUUUUUUGUUGUUGAUAGAUUUACUGAUUUUACAUCAAAAUUUAUUUUGAUUCAGUGCCCAAUCGAAUUAAAGUGUCUUUGUAUAUUUGUAAAACCCCUUUUUAAGCGUGGAUUGGGCUGAAAGUUUGAAGAUAUAAUCUUUGUAGCUUUCUCAUAUCAAAUUACUAAUCAAGCAUGUGCUCAUAUGCUAAAUAGAAAUAAAAAUAUUACUUAGAGGAGGCUCUAGAUGCCAAAUUUGAAUAUAAUGGCUGAAAGAAAAACAUUCAAUGACCACUACACUUUUUUCAUAUUGAAAUAUUAGAUUAUGAUUGAGUGUAUUUCACAUUAUUGGUAGACCCUUUACUAAACAGGCUUUGAAUUUGAAAUAUUCAGAUUAAAGCACUUUCAUACCUGAAAUAACUACCCUAUGUAAACAGAUCAUAACUAUUUCAUUUAUUUAUUGAUGUAUCUCAUUUGGCAUAUGCUUAUCUAGGUAUUUCAAGAAUUCUCCAUAACUUUCUAAAAAAGAAACCCUGGGUAGCGAUAACCUUCUUAUGGUUAAAUGUGCUGCAGUAGCAUAAUUUUAUUAAGAAAAAAAUUACAAAAGCAAUAAUUUACAUUGUAUAUGUGACAAUAUGUAUAUUAGAUCUGAAUGUAGAUGUUUAGCCAAAAUAUGCACUUUGGUACAUUCCACUGAUAGUGAAGUAUUUUAAUUGCAUAUAUUUUAGAAUAGAAUUAAAUGUUGAUACAAUGAACAGCAGGGGAUGUCUCACAAAGAUGAAUUUUCUUUGCAAUCAAUCGCAAAUAUUUUGUUGCAAUUUUACAGUUGAUUGAUCACUUUUAACUUUAGCAUAUCAGAUUACACUCCUUGUUUCAUGGAGCAGAUUAGCAAUCAACCGCAAAUUUGCAAUUAAUUGCACAGCAUAUGCUUGAUUUCGGGAAGGAAAAUAGACUUGCAAUUGAUCGCAAGUUUCUUGCAACGCCCCAUUAUUAGAGUUAGAGUUGUACAUAACUACCCAGUUGCAUGUGGAAUAAUAGACAACACUGCAUUGCUAUAAAGAGAAGGCUACUGUGUAUUAACAAAAAGACUACAAGGAGAAGAUCGGACACUUCAGCGAUUUUUUUAAAUGGUCGAUUAAUGCUCAUGGGGAACGGCGCCCACUGGCGUUGAGUAAGUAAACCAUCGCACAUCGGCACGCUGCUGUGUUGAAAACAUAUGGGGAAAAUGAGAGAGGGGUCUUGGGAGAGGGCACAAGGGCGGCGCAUGGGAAUAAGUCCAUAUUUUAUUACCCAGAAACCUCUAAAAUAUAUUCAUUUCUAAUUUUAGAUAAAAAAAAUUGAAGAAAAAAUAUCUUAAAAUGUAUAAAUCGUCUAUUCCUCCACCCCUCCACCAUUUCCCUCAUAUGGUUUGUACACAACCAAAAAUGGCGAUACGCGAAGGUUUACUUACUCAACGCUGUGGGGCGCUCUUCACUAGCAUUUCAUUGCACGCUCUAUGUACUGUCCGAUCUUCCCCUUGUAGUAUCUUUGGUUUUAAUCAAUAAGAUUGAUAAGACUUCUCCAUGACUGUUAGUUACACCUAACUCUUCGUGAAAAACCCCCAGGUUGUUGAUUCAGAAGAUAAUUUUGAGCGUUGAGUGGAGCGUUGUGGCCCAGUGGAUAAGUCUUCUGACUUUGAAACAGAGGGUCGUGGGUUCGAAUCCCAGCCAUGGCGUAAUUUCCUUCAGCAAGAAAUUUAUCCACAUUGUGCUGCACUAGACCCAGGUGAGGUGAAUGGGUACCCGGCAGGAGUAAUUCCUUGCAUGCAUGAGCGCUGAGAGGCAGCUUGAGCUAAAGCCGGGGUUAUAAUAAUAAUAACAACGCGCCUCGGAAUAAAAUAUU